UUAGAGUCCUUGCUGUUACAAACAUUUUGAACAAGCAUCCAGUCUGAGUAUAUAUAUUUUUUUUGAUUCUUCCCACCGGUCAUGGCAGCCGUGAAUAAGGCCAUUGCUACUGGUCUCUCUCUUGGCUAUGUCACUGAAAGAAAUGACAUGAAAAUGAAUAAAUUUAUGUCGUUUAUACAAGAUAUGUAUUAUCAAAUAAUGAUUGAGAAAUAGGCCAAGGAUCAUCGAAACAAAAUUCUCAUGGCCAGAAAAGUUCUCAAGAUGAAUAACAAAUGCCUUGAUCCAUUUACAUAGACAAGUCAAGGAGAGGUGGAAAGAAAGGCAACACAAAAAUAAUAGCUGAGUGAGAAUAAAACAAUUUACUCACACAUAAAACCAGGAACUAGUGAAAGAAAGAAAGGAAGGCUUUCAAAAUCGUAAAAGCCAAACCUAAAAUGUUUUGUAUAAAUGAGAAAGAAAAUAUAGUUUCAAUGCAUUGCAAAUUCAAGUUAUUGUCUCAGAUCAUGAAUAAAUAUGUCGACUUCUACUGGGAAAACAAUAUGAUUCCAUUCGAAGAGGAUUCCAGACACGAAUUCAAAUGUCACAGGAACCUGUCAGUCGAAGAGCUACCACCAUGGACCCAGGAAAACCAAAAACGCACGCGGAGGUCUGUUUCUCGCACACUGAAUGCUUUUCUGAACACAGGUCAAGGAGGCUCAGUUUACCUUGGCGUGGCAGAUGAUGGCAAAAUCAUAGGUUUACAAUUAACGCUAUUUCAGAGAGACCACCUAAAAGUCAAUCUUGACAAUCUGAUGAAGCGCUACAUACCACAAGUCGACUUGAAUCGAUAUGGGAUUCAUUUCAUGCCGGUCAUUAGCCGGACGGUGUCUAUGGCUGAUGUUUAUCGAAUAUGCAAUAAGAUCAAACUGGAGAGUGACAUUUUCUCGAAAGAGGAGCGCCAGCGAAGCCAUCUUUGCCAGUCGUAUGCCAGAUGCUGGUGUGAUGAGCAAGCUACCUUGAUGGUCAAAGCAGAUGAAGUCAUACACAGGUUUGUCGUUGAAAUACACAUCAAACCAUGGGACCCAAAAACUAUGAUCUGGAAUAACAUUGUUCCUGGGAUCAAUCUGCACCCAAUGCAUGCCAAUGAAGAAGGUAGAGUAUUUAUGAAGACAUUGGCUGGCGUCAAACUUUGCGAUGACCAGGACAUUAUUAAUAUAACCGUAAAAGAUGUGAAACAGAUAUUUCAAACGAGAAUUAAUAAUAUUAAGAAAAAGAUCGAAGCAUUAAAGACUGAUAAUUAACUGUU